GCCUGUGGCCUCUCAAACACUGUGACGUGUGUUGUGGAAAUGGCCGAGGAACAAGCCCAGCAGACAAUGUUAAGCUUUUAAAGUCCACAAAACACGCAAAGGAGGUGAACGACGUGUCUCCGGCGGACACGACAAACGCCGCGAAGGUUACUAAAAAAGGAGCCAACAAGCUACUCGAACCGCCCGGCCAGCGCCUUUUCUUCUCCGGUGGCUGAGGAGCCACCAUGGAGGACAUCAACUCUAAUAUCAACGCCGACCUGGAGGUGCGGAAGCUCCAGGACUUGGUGAAGCAGCUCGAAAAGCAAAACGAGCAGCUGAGGGGUCGCUCAAUGAUUAUGUCCGGUCACCACAGACCCCACAGCGCCGGCUACGAGUCGUCGUCGCUUUCAGCGGGCGAUCUGGGUGGCUUCCCCGGGGUGGGGUUCGCCGGGACGGACGGCUACGGCGACCUGUUGGAGAACCGCCGCUGCCGGAGCCCCAGGCUGUCCUACGACGGCGUCAGCUUCAGGAGGGUGUACGAAUGCGACGGCGCCUCGGCCGCCACCUCCGGGUCGAGCCGGAACUCGCGUUAUUCGGACGAUGAGGGCGAAACGUCGAUUUUGGACCAGGUGGAGAUCUUAGACCUGGAGGACAUGGACUGUCUGCAUGAGGACGACGACAGCUGGCUUUACGAGGCCAAGUUGAACAGUCCUCUGCAGAAAGCGCUGAGUCCCGUCGUGUGGUGCCGCCAGGCUCUCGACAACCCCAGCCCCGACAUGGAGUUAGCCAAGCGCUCGCUCAUCCACAGACUGGACCUCACCAUGUCAGCCAACAAGCGGCGGAGUCUCUAUGGGAGUGGAUACAACCAGCAGGUGACCUACAGUAGCCCGUACAGCACAAACGCCGCAAACAGUCCCUACAGCAGCGGCUUCAACUCGCCCUUGUCCACCCCCAGCAAGGUGCCCAUCGUCAGGCAGCAACUGAUGCCCGUAAAUGCAGCGCACCAGCGGAACGCGACAUCAGAAAGGAAUCCGCCGGCUGUCAGCCCGCAGUCGUCGGUGGACAGCGAACUGAGCACCUCCGAGAUGGAUGAAGACUCAGUCGGCUCCUCGACAACCUACAAACUCAACAACGUCAAUGAUGUCCAGAUUCUAGCGCGCAUGCAGGAAGAGAGUCUAAGACAGGACUACGCCGCCUCGGCAUCCAGGCGGAGCUCAGGUUCGUCCUGCCACUCGCUGCGACGCAGCACCUUUAGCGACCAGGAGCUGGAUGCGCACAGCCUUGAGGACGAGGAGGAAGCGGUGCACCCGGCCUUCCACCCGCCCUCCAACCGCUUCAGCCCCUCCCCUCGGCACUCGCCCCGCGCCUCCCCCAGGAAUUCGCCCCGUUCACGCUCCCCUGCCCGCUCCAUUGAGUACAGCCACGGCCGCGGAUCGCCUCAGCCAGUCAUCAGCCGCCUGCAGCAGCCUCGCCACUCGCUGCAGGGUCAUAGCCACGAUCUGCAGACCAACGUGGUGAAGAAUGAAGAAAAACUCCGUCGUAGUCUUCCCAACCUCACGCGCUCCUCUGCGGCACCACUUCAGGGCCCAGAGCCUGUCAAGAAUAGCCGAAGCUGCGAGUCCAACUUGCAGGUGCCAAACAGCGGGUCUCCUCGGCACCAGAGCCCGUCAGCCCCAGCACGUCAGCCCCCGAGACACUCAAGCCCCUCGGCCCCAGCCCCCAAAUCCAAACAGCACCUCCAAACCCCGGUGACCCGGCGAGUCCCACUCUCCUGUUGCUUUGGCGAUGAAGGUGACUUUAUUCCAGCAUCCAGUAAGCUGCGGACCCCAGCCACUCCCUCGCCCCUUGCCUUGAGGCAGCCCGUCAAGGCCACUGCCAACCCCGCCUCAGUCGCUGGCUCCACCCCAGGUCGCUCCCUGGCUCCGCCCCGCAGUGGCCUGCCUCGUCCCAGUGUCCCAGCGGGCGGCGGUGGGGGUAUCCCUCUGCCCCGUAGCAAGCUGGCGCAGCCUGUACGCAGAAGUCUGCCAGCUCCGCGGAUCUACAGUGGCACCAGAGACAACUUAAGGGAGGGCUAUUAACGUGUUGCUGAUCUGAGCCAGCAGGGGGCGCUCCCCUCAAACAUAAGAAGGAAGACUGCAUGGCACUUUAUCUACCUUGAUGACUUUUUACGGUGACAAUGCCCCAGGAAUAUUUAAAAAAGUAAUAAUAAUAAAGAGGAAUAAGAAGGACCCUCCAUUGUGUCCAGGAUGGGGUCACGCAUGCAAACGGCCAAAAGAGAACGCCAAAGAACAAACGCCUGCCUGCUUCGCCACAGACAACAUGCCGGCACUCUUGUUGGGCUGCUCAAAUGUUCCCAUGUCGCCUUAUUCUCAGCGACCACCGGGAUCAAGAAGACACCUCUUGACGACGUACGAGUGAGCUUUGUGACGUCAAUGACCUCCAAGACAAUGCCAAUGGAGAAUGACGGCCACAAUCAAAAUAAAUCUUUCCUCUUGUAAAAAGCACCCAGAGAGAAUGCACAACUUAACUUAUUGAAAUUACGCCAAGGGAUCCUCCACUGUUUGGGCAAGUAUCGCCUAUUAGAAGUGUCUGAAAGUUUUUAUCAUGAUCCAAAAACCACAUUUUUUAAACGCGGGAGUCGCCAUCUUGUCUUGUCCUUACACAAUAACAACAUUUGUAGUCAGUCAUGUAAAUUACUGAAAGUGUUGCAAAUAAUGGGCUAGAUGACUGAGUACUUAGAGGGGGAUCAUAUGUUGCGUUUCAGAAAACUGGGAAAUGGAAAUUUCCAGGAAGUUCCAACUCACGAAUUUGCCACCAUAACGCUAGUGCUAAACACUUCUGACUCCAGGUGGGAUGUCCAUACAUUCAUCCAUUCAUUUUCUAUGCCGCUUGUCCUUACUAGGGUUGUGGGAGUAUGCUGGAGCCUAUCCCAGCUGACUUUGGGCGAGACACCCUGGACUGGUUGCCAGCCAAUGGCAGGGCACAUAUAGACAAACAACCAUUCACCCUCACAUUCAUACCUAUGGACAAUUUAGAGUCACCAAUUAACCUAACAUGCAUGUUUUUGGAAUGUGGGAGGAAACCAGAGUACCCGGAGAAAACCCAGGUGGGAUAUUUACCUUGCCAACCACAGCCCAUGAUGUGAGGUCAUCAUACAAGAUGGCAACACCCAUGUUUUGGAUUGAAUUUGAUCCAAAUAGUGGAGGAUCACAUUAAAGACGCCACACGUCAGUAUCAGUAUUCUUAAUUUUUCAAAUGUACAUUUGAACCUCGAUUGCAAGCUAACGCUCCAAAGCAUUUUUUGAGUUGCUGUCUUUCUUUCCAAAGGCUCAAGUUGUAAUUUUUCCAUGAAGUGCUUUGAUCAUUUUGUUACGGUUCAGGUCUGAAAGUCUCAGGCGGAGCCAAGGUGACAAUAAAACAAAACCACUGGCACUGACACCCCCCCUUUACCAUGACAGCCUUGAUUGUUUUACCGACUACCAGAAUACAUCGUGACGUCGCUCAUUUUGAGACAAAGCUGGCAAAAGCCGACCAUCUUUGCUCAUCCGGGACAGUUAAUCAUAAGGAUGUCACAUGACCUGUUGGAAAAUCAGCUUCAUUUCAUUUUUGCUAGAUUUUUUUUUUUUUUUUUCACUUUCAGCCAUUUAAACGUCAACGUUAUUGGCUCCUUAUAUCUCUUCCGAUAACUUCUCAGUGUGUCAUUCAUGCUUUAAAAAUGAGGAAAAAAAAGAACUAUGAUGCUAGAAGAAGAAAAAAAGUGUGUCCAUGGUGGGGAAGCUCAUCUGCUAAAUUGGUGUGGUGGCUUGUUUAACUAGUGCCUAAUUUUAAGAAGUGUCACAUGAUUUUAAGUGUCUAUUCAUUAUCAUUUUUGUUGUGCCAAUUUCAGGUUUGCAAAGUUUACUGGCAUCUUUGCUUUUAUGGAUUUUUUUUGCCUGCCUGCCUAUUUUUGUAAUGGAAUCAAUACAUUUAUUAUUAUUAUAAUUGCUUUGGAAAAAUGUUUGAAUAUGCGCCUUCAUAUUUAUAGCUUAUCACUCAUUGUGUAAAUGUAAAAAAAAAAAAACAACCUAUUUAUUAAAUAGAGAGGUGCCUCGGAUGAUAUGCAGACUCAGUGGGAGGAAUGUUGCUAAAAGACCAACCACACCUUUUGUGUGACACUUUUUGUUAUUCGAUCCUUUUUAAAUUCACAAACAUGACAUUCAGUUUUUUGUGUAAAGUCACAUUUCAAAUAAAAGUGGAAUUCUUUUAACUUUUUUUGUUAUUUUCCAUUUGCUCAUUGUUUUGGUCCUUUGAGAUACACUACACAAAAUUUUGCCACUGAUGUUACAUUAUCACAACAGAUCAUAGCAUUCUCCAAAUAUUAUGCAAAUAUGGCCCCUAGUAGUUUUGACAGUAAGAUAUUAGCGCAACUGGACACUGCUGUUAAAUUAAAUCAGUACGAAGACUCUUAAAUAUCAAUGUAGAGUCU